AUGUUUAAGCAGUCAAAACUGACGGAUCAGACUGCCACUGGUCAAGUGGUGGUGAAGAAGAAAAGAUCCAGAGUUCCGGGUGUGAUGAUCUCGCAGUACGUGGAAGAGCUUCCAGAGGGGAAAACCACUCCAGACUUCACCCGGAAACCCAUCGCCUUAACUAUUCAGGAGGGCAAACUAGCCAUAUUCAAAGCCAUUGUGACUGGAGAGCCAACACCGACGGUAUCAUGGGCCAGAAACAAGGGAGAUGUCUCAGACCCAACAAAGUACCAAACCAAAUAUGACCCCCAAUCCAGUGAGCACACCAUUGAGAUGACCUGUGUGUCCCCUGAGCAAGCAGACACCUACAAGUGCUUCGCCACCAACGAGUUCGGAAAAGCCGUGGUCACUGCAGUACUGAACGUCAUUGAAGUUGGAUACAAGAAGAACAAAGAAUUGAAAGAGAAAGUAAUGAAUGAAGAGGUGAAACCUGUACUUAAGAGACGACGUGUUAAACUGCCGAAACCAGACGAGAAAGCUGGAGCAGGCCCUGUUCUGGAUGAAAAGUUUUGGGAGCUGUUGCUGAGCGCAGACAAGAAGGAUUACGAACGUAUCUGUCAGGAAUACGGAGUCACCAACUUCCGCUGGAUGCUAAAACAACUGAAAGAAAUGAAGAAAGAGCGAGAGGAGGAACAGGCCCAGAUGAUGCCAUCAGUGGUGGUGAAGAAGAAAAGAUCCAGAGUUCCGGGUGUGAUGAUCUCGCAGUACGUGGAAGAGCUUCCAGAGGGGAAAACCACUCCAGACUUCACCCGGAAACCCAUCGCCUUAACUAUUCAGGAGGGCAAACUAGCCAUAUUCAAAGCCAUUGUGACUGGAGAGCCAACACCGACGGUAUCAUGGGCCAGAAACAAGGGAGAUGUCUCAGACCCAACAAAGUACCAAACCAAAUAUGACCCCCAAUCCAGUGAGCACACCAUUGAGAUGACCUGUGUGUCCCCUGAGCAAGCAGACACCUACAAGUGCUUCGCCACCAACGAGUUCGGAAAAGCCGUGGUCACUGCAGUACUGAACGUCAUUGAAGUUGGAUACAAGAAGAACAAAGAAUUGAAAGAGAAAGAAUGUUCACAGCCUGAUUUAUUAUCUUUUUUUCCCAGUGUUAAACUGCCGAAACCAGACGAGAAAGCUGGAGCAGGCCCUGUUCUGGAUGAAAAGUUUUGGGAGCUGUUGCUGAGCGCAGACAAGAAGGAUUACGAACGUAUCUGUCAGGAAUACGGAGUCACCAACUUCCGCUGGAUGCUAAAACAACUGAAAGAAAUGAAGAAAGAGCGAGAGGAGGAACAGGCCCAGUUUGUAAAACAUAUCAGUAACCUGAAACAUGUUGAAAUAAAAGGAGAGGGAAUGGCAUUGUUUGAACUGGACAUGGACCUUUUAGAUCCCAGCAACAGGAUUUUCCUCUACAAGGAUGGCGAAAUGGUCCCUUACAGCAAAGAACAGGAUAAGGAUGCAAAGCACAGCCUGAAACAGAUUGGGAGGAAAUAUAUUUUUACGAUAAAAGAUCUUCUGCCAGAUGAUGCAGGCUUCUACCAGGUGGAUGUUGAAGGUGUCAACAUAAUGUCCACUGACUUCAAAAUUCCCAUAGUGGACUUCAUUGUCAAGCUUCAGGAGGUGAAGGCCAUGGAGAGAGAGGAUGCCAUCUUUGAGUGCGUCCUGUCCCGUCCCUUUUCCAAAAUCUUAUGGAUGGGAAAAAACACACCACUGGAACAAGGGGAAAAGUUUGACAUUACCGUGUCUGAGGACAAGCUCAUCCACAGGCUGGUGGUGAAGGACUGUUUGCCCCUAGACGGCGGUAUCUAUGCAGCCGUGGCUGGCAUUAAGUCCUGCAGUGCAUGGCUUAUAGUGGAAGCUGACAACGAUCCUAAUCUUCAUGGAAAAAAGAAAGUUCGGAAAACCACCCAGGCAGGAGGUGCGGGGGUCGACCUGGCAAAAAUCGCCCAGGAGCAGCAAAUGAAACUGCAGAAGGAUAAGGAGGGCAUGAGUAACGCCAGCGAAGAAGCCCAAAAGCAGCCCAUCCCAGAAGCUGUGCCGGUCACCAACGAUGAUGCUGGAGCUCAGAAGAGCACAGGACAGAAUACAGAUUCUGGAAAAAAUACAGGUUCUGGAAAGGACAAUGGUCCCGCACAAUACACAGGUUCCGGUAAGGAUACAGGUUCCGGACUGAACACAGGACAGGAUGGCUCAGGAUCACUGGUCCCAGAAGUGCAGGAAGAUGUGGGAACUCCAGCACCAGAACCAAGCACAGAUAAGGAUGGAGCAGUGAGCAGUAAGGUAGAAGACAAGAUGGACGCAGACACAGUCACAGAAAGUAAGCUUCAUUUCACCAGUGGGUUAUCGGAUAUCCAAGCCGUUCGGGGACAGCCAGCAGAGCUGACCUGUAAGCUCAGUAAAGACUGCGAUGGAGCCUGGUCCAAAGAUGGGGGGAAGCUCUCUACCUCAGAUAAACUGUCCAUCUCUAAAGACGGGACUGAUCACACGCUGAGGAUUCAUGGGUGCCAGGACGAUGAUGCGGGCCACUAUGAGUUUGAAGCAGAGGGAUGCAAGACUGAAGCUAAAGUCGUUGUUGGAGGCCCACCGGAGUUUGACUUGGACGACCUGCACAAGUUCUCCAAGCCCGUGGUUGUGCGAGUGGGUCAGAAUGCGGCCUUCAAACUGGCGUUCUCCAGCCAGGACGCGCUGGAGGCCCAGUGGUGGAAAGACGGGCGGGAGCUGAGGGACGGAGGGAGCGUGAAGCUGGUGAAGGACUCCACUCACAGCCGGCUGCUCUUCAGGGAGUGUCUGCGCUCCGACUCCGGAGAAAUCCGCAUCCAGCUCAGCAACCAGUUUGGCUCCGUCGAGGCCAAAACUACUCUCACUGUCCUCGACAGGCCUGGCCCUCCAAAAGGCCCAGUGGAGGUGGUCAGCACAUCCUCCACGCAGAUAGAGAUCAAGUGGGGACCACCCAAGGACGACGGAGGGUCCCCAGUGAGCAGCUACCUCUUUGAGCGGCAGCAGAUUGGGGACAGCAUCUGGAAGAAGGUGGGGGAGGUCCCGGCUGACCCCCUCCUCUUCCGGGACAGGAAUGUAUCCCACGGGAGGAGGUACCGCUACCGAAUCAGCGCCCUGAACACAGAGGGCGCUAGCGAGCCACUGGAGACAGAGUACCUGAUGGCAGGCACCUUAGUAUUCCCUGGUGCACCCGAUCCACCUAAAGUGGUCAGUGCUUUCAAGAACUGCAUCAACCUGUCAUGGACCGCCCCUACGGAAACCAGGGGAACAAAAAUUUUGGGCUACACCCUGGAGAAACGCAAGAAGGACACCACUCAGUGGAUUUCUGUGAACUCUGUGACUGAGCCUAUUGAAGAGGAGAAGUAUGCGGUGAAAGACGUUACAGAAGGAACGGUGUAUCAGUUCCGUGUAUCGGCCAUCAACAUUUCAGGGAUAGGAGACCCCAGUGGCCCCUCAGAACUGGUCUGCGCAAAGAAUCCUGACAUGAAACCACGAUUCAAAGAUCCAGAAGACUUCUUGGUGAUGCGAGCAGGAAAUUCUGUAAGAGUUAAAAUCAACUAUGAGGCAUCUCCUUUGCCAGAUAUCUCCUGGCUGAAGGACGGCGACCCGCUGCCCUCCUGGAUCAGUAUGAUCAACACUGACACGUUGUCCCAGCUUGUGAUCCCCGCGUCAAAGCGCUCCGAUUCCGGGAUAUAUACCAUCAGAGCCAAGAACUCGGUCGGGCAGGCAAGCUUCGAUGUUGAGGUCAGAGUCACAGACGAACCCAAGCCACCAGGCCCUAUAGAACUGGAGCAGAUCAUCCAUGGGAAAGUGAUCAUCUCAUGGGAGGCCUCUCCUGACCAGACGGAGGAUGACAGGCUGUACUACGUGGUGGCGCAGCACGACUCAAACACGCGCGUCUGGAAAACCGUGGCCGACCGCCUCUUCGCCACCAGCUACACCGCUCUCAACAUCAUGUCCGGGCGAGAGUACCACUUCCGCGUGUUCGCCAAGAACGACAUCGGCCUUUCUGACCCCUCUGAGUCUCCCACCUGGGGAAUGAACUGCCUCAAACCGUCCACGGCAAUGGCAAGCACCGCCACAGACCUCACCCUGGAGAGGCCCCCAUCGGUCCUGGUCCCGCUGAAGGUGCACAACCACCCCAGCGGCUAUCAGUGCUACAUGACCUGUGCGGUGAGCGGCUCUCCCACCCCCCACGUCACCUGGUACCUCAACAACACCAGCCUGGAGUCCAACAACGACUACUACAUGACCAACGCCUACGGGGUCUGCUCCCUCUACAUCCUCCGGGUCUCGGCCAAGGACUCCGGCGAGUACAAGGUGGUGGCGGUCAACUCCUUCGGCAAGGCGGAAUGCACCACAAAACUCACCGUCCAAGAUUAA